AUGGCUCUCGUUAACAUCGGUCAGGACAACAAGGACGAUGGCUUCUAUCGCUACAAGAUGCCCAAGCUGAUUACGAAGAUUGAGGGACGUGGUAACGGCAUCAAGACCAAUGUUGUGAACAUGGUCGAUGUUGCCAAAGCUCUUGCACGUCCUCCUUCGUACACCACUAAGUACUUCGGUUGCGUGCUGGGAGCGCAGUCGAAAUUUGAUGCGAAGACGGGCACUUCUACCGUGAACGGCGCGCACGACACCACGAAGCUGGUUCAGCUCCUUGAAGGUUUCAUCAAGAAGUACGUCCAGUGUUACGGCUGCGGCAAUCCGGAAACCGAGGUCAUCAUCACCAAGAACCAGAUGAUUACGCUCAAGUGUGCUGCGUGCGGCUUUGUCUCGGAUGUCGACAUGCGGGACAAGCUUACCACGUUCAUCCUCAACAAUCCUCCAGAGGUCAAGAAGAAGGCUUCGAAGACCAUGAGGCGUGCGGAGAAGGAGCGCCUGAAAGCUGGUGAAGCUCUUGACGAGGAGAAGAAGUCUAAGGGAAAGAAAUCUAAGGAUGGAGAGAAGAGCUCAACAAAGAAGAGCUCUAAGAAGAAGGCCGAGGACGAAGAGAAGGUGGAGUCUCCGGCUUCGAGCAACAAGGAUGAGGAGGAAGAUGAUGAUGACGACGUCGAGUGGCAGACUGACACUUCGGCUGAGGCAGCGAAGAAACGCAUUCAGGAGCAGUUGAGUGCGGUGACGGCCGAGAUGGUGAUGGUGUCUACUGAUGAAAAGGAGGUGAAGAGUCCCCAGCAGAACGGCCACGUGUCGAAGACGAAUGGCAAGGUGGAGGAGAAGCCUGAUCCGCAUCAGGUCCUGGUUUCCGAGCUGAGCGACUACAUCAAGACCCACAAGCUGGCCGAGGUAGCCAACCACGUGCUCAAGAUGACGGUUACCAAGGAUCUUCUUGCUGCGCUGAUCGAGGCCAUGAUGCACGGGAUCUCCAAGGGCUUCAUGAAGGAGUUCGUUAAGAAGAAGGCCGUGUUCGCCGCCAUCGUUAAUGAAGACGAGGAGAAGCAAAAGCUGCUUCUGUUUGCUAUGGAGUUUUUCUUUGCCGUCAAGGCGGGAGAUGCUAGCAAGGAGAUCGCCCUUGUCUUAAAGGCUCUGUACGAUGAGGAUAUUCUGGAAGAGGAUGUGAUCCUGGAGUGGCACGAGAAGGGAGGAAAUGACUUGCUUGACAAGGAACAGUCUGCAAGUGUUCGUAAGCUGGCUGAGCCGUUUGUGAAGUGGCUGAAGGAGGCAGAGGCUGAUGAUGAUGACGAUGAUGAGUAG